GAGCAUGCGGCUGGCGCUGGCGGAGGCACACAAGGCCCUCAGCGCCAACCUGCUCGCGCAGCUGCUGUGCCUGAUACGGGCGCCCCACACCCCGCCCCACCUGGCCGCAUCCACAUCCCUAGCAGCCGCGGCGGCGCUGCGAGACGCCGCGGCGCCCAAGCUGCCGCCAACGACUCAGUCGCUGCCGCAGCUGAAGCAGCAGCCGAAGCAGCAGCCGGAAGGACCCAUGGGUCGCUCACGAGCACCACCACCCGCCUCCCAGCACCAGGCGCAGCAGCCUUCUUCUUCGCAAGCGCCGCAGACGCUAGGGGGCAGAACUGCUGCUACCUCCGGUACGGCUGCUGCUGCUGCUCCUUCUGCAGGCGUGGUGCAGGAGGGGUUGGCGCUGUUGGUAGAGGCGCUAGCGCUGGUGGAGGAGGCAACCGGGGGGUGGCGCCGGCCGCAGCCUGGGGAG